AUGGGCCCCUAUACAGCAGAAUUCAAUGAUCUUAAUGAUGAUUUUAACGAAAUAUUAUCGGAUUUUGUUGUCUCUAAAGAUCAAACUCAUCUUGUAUUCGAUAAAAAGAUCGAAAAGUCGGAUAAUGAUACUCGUCCUUAUAGAAUAAUAAUUCUAUUGAAAAAUAAUCUUGAAGUUUUAAUAAUUAAUGAUGUUAAAACCGAGAAAGCUACUGCUUCAAUGGAUAUUAAUGUUGAUUAUUAUUCUGAUAUGGCCAUGCUCAUUACUGCGUUCAAUUUAUUAAUUAUGAAUAUCGAAACAUUAAGACAAAUUGAAAUUCCACUAAGAGAAGGUGUACUAAGACCUCACACGGAUAUUCAUAAGUUAUACGUCUAUAUUCCUAUAGCGAAUCAAAUAGAAAAGGCUGCAUCAUAUGUUAGUCAUCUAAUAGGUCAUGAAGGAGCUGGAUCAAUUUGUUCUUUGUUGAAACAACGAGGAUGGAUAACUUCUAUUAAUGUCAAAACAAUUGAAUAUAGUGUUUAUUUACAUAUGUUGACAGUCAGUAUUGAUUUAACUAAAGGCGGCGUAGGACAUUAUGAAGAUGUAUUAGAAAUUAUAUUUCAGAUGCUCAGAAGAGGUGGUCCGCAUUACGAAGUUCAAUCAUUAUCUUGGCGGCGAUUUAUGGAAAUAUCCUGGAAAUCAAAUGACACAAGCCCACUUGCACGGAUAUUACACAAGCCAUAUACACGUGAUAGAAUAUUGAGUAGUUCAAAUAAAGAUUAUAAGUAUGAUCGAAAAUUAAUCAUUGAAUUACUUGAAUGUUUAAGAAUUGAAAAUAGCAAUAUUAGUGUAGCAAGUAAAUUAUUAAGUGGUUUUGACAGCAAGGGAUGUUUUGACGCUGUACAUAAAUAUCAAUGUGAAUCCAGUGAAAAAUCAAUUAACGCUAAAGGAAAAUGUUUGUUUGAUGCCGAAUAUAGAAAUGAACCCAUUAACGUUAUCGAAGAAUUAAUUAGAUCCACUCCUAUCAUAAAUAUAUUAGAAAAUAUAACCCCAAAAUCCCGUCCGAAUAUUAUUAGUGAAAAUGGCAUACAUCGAGUUUGGUAUGCAAAGGAUGAUACAUUGUCGACUCCGAAAGUGAAAAUAGAAUUAUCACUCACAACACCCCUUAUUAAACUUACACCUACAAAUUUGGUUAAAACAGAAUUGUAUCUUAAUUUAUUUAAUGACUCAAUUGAAGACAGAGCAUAUGAUGCGUUAUUUGCUGGAUUAAAAUAUAACAGCUGUGUAAAAGCAGAUUUUAUAUUUGUUAGAGUAUCGGGACGGAAUGAUAAAGCAUUAAAAUUAUUAGAAUUUGUUUUAAAAGGAAUGAAAAAUCUUGUGAUCGAACCUGAUAGAUUUAAAAUACUAAAGAAAAGUUUAAUGAAUCGUUAUUACGAAAUGGAAUCAAAUCCACCAUUAACAUUUUAUGACUGUUUACUUUUUAAAGAAUGGUAUUUUACAGCAGAAGAAAUAUCAUCCGCAUUAAAAGAUAUUAGUAUGGAAGAUGUACAAUCAUUUUUUCCUAAAUUAUUUCAACAACUUUUUAUUGAAUCACUUGUAUUUGGAAACAUGGAGGAAGAAGAUAUGAAGAUGAUGAUAAAUAAGGUUGAACAAAUAUUGGAACCAAGGAUUCUUGAGAAAUCUAGAAUGGUUAAAUGUGGUGAUAUUAGUUUACCUCAAGGAAAAAAAUAUGUUUAUCAAAAAAAUGUUUUUGAAAAUGAUAGUACAAUUAGAUACUAUUUGCAAUGUAACGAUAUUAAGGAUAGAUACGUUGUGAUAAGUUUAAAUUUAAUUGCUCGAAUCUUGCGAAAAUAUUUUUGUUUCUUUUGGCAAAUAGGAUGCGAACCAUUUCUUUCAAUUGGAGAUGCGGGAUUUAUCAUUCAUAUAAAAAAUGAGGGAGAUACCAUUUAUUUAGAAAAUAUAAUUGAAAAAUAUUUAAUAAAAGUACAGUCAUUUAUUGAACGAAUGACGGAAAAAGAAUUUCAAAAUCUAAAACAACCAUUAAUUAACCACCUAUUAGAAAAAGAAAAGAAUAUGGAGGACAAAGCUAAUUUAUAUUCUAAUCAGAUUUUUAGUGGCUUUUACGAUUUUGAUAAAUAUAUUAAGGAUGUCGAAGAAUUAAAAAGGAGUACCAAAGAUGAUGUCUUGGAAUUUUAUAAAGCUAACAUUCAUCCAAAAUCAUCAAAGAUUAAAAAAAUGUCGUUACAUUUAAGAUCUUUAAGAAGCGCUAACGCUAAUGUAGGAAUUUAUACAUUAACCGAAGAUAAUAUGAUAAUUACUGAUAUAGAUGAUUUUAAAAGUAAAUUGCAAUUCCAAACCCUUUAA